AUAGAAUUAUUGCAAGAAAAAAUAACAAUGAACUUACAACAAAUUGAGAAAGAAAAAGCAAUGCAAGCUAACAGUAAACAAGAAAUAGCUUCAUUAAAAGAGGAAAUAAAAGCACUGAAUGAACAACUAAUGAAAAAUAAAAAACUGCAAGCUUCUCCACAAGAGAAAAAUCCACUUAUAUUUCAAGAUGACAUUUAUGGUGGCAUAACUAUUGACCAUCCAUUGAUUAGAGAAAUUGUACAAACACAUCAAUUUCAAAGACUGAAAGAUAUCAAAAAAUUAGGUUACACAUACCAAAAUAUACCAAAAGCAAAUUAUUCAAGGAUGGAACACAGUAUUGGAAUGUAUUAUCUUGCUGGAGAGUAUGUUAAGCAACUUCAAAGGAGACAACCUGAGCUGAAUAUUACUGAGUCUGAUGUUUUGUGUGUACAAAUUGCUGCUCUUUGUUAUAACCUGGGUCAUGGGCCUUUCUCUCACACUUUUGAUAUGUUCUUAGAUGCAAUACAUGAAAAAAAUAAAUCCGGCAAGCCUUGGAAGAAUGUUUCAGAAGCAUCAGUUAAGAUGUUUCACUAUAUGUUAGAAGAUAAUGAAGGUUUAAUGGCUUCUUUUGAAAAACAUUUUGAUAAUCCCAAAGAAGAUAUUGCAUUCAUUAAAGAGCUUAUCCAAGGAACAGGAUAUGAACAGCGUAAAGAUAAAAAAUUCCUACAUAAGAUUGUAUAUAAUAAAAAGAGUGGGUUAGAUGUGUGUAUGAUCGAAAGUACAGUGAGAGAUGCUGCUGUAUUGGGAAUGAAUGUCACUUUUCGAUGGAAGACAUUUUUAAACCAAGUUCAUGUCUUGAGGUGUGAUGAUGGUGAAUCACAUAAGUGUUUUUCAAAAGAUGAUUUAGAGAUAUGCAAUGAUUUAUUUAGAACUCGUCAUAGUCUUCACAGGGACUUGUAUUAUGCACGCAAGAGCAGGAUGGCUGCUAUAAUGAUAAGAAGAAUAUUAGUCAAGUCAAAUGAAAUCCCAAUAAUCAAAGAUAAAUCCAGACGAGUGACUAUAUCUCAAGCUACAAAGAGCAUGUCAGGUUAUACUGAACUCACUGAUAGUGCUCUUAAUAAUAUCAAACUAUUAGUUGAUGAUCCUGAAGUACAAGUAUUGUUGAAGUGUUUGAACACCAUGAAAGUUAUUGGACAGAUUGGUUAUGUUACACCAACAGAUGAAUGGAAUGAAGAUAAAAUAACACAGCACAUUGUACAAAGCAUUAGAAGUUGUGAUAUUAGUAAUGAACUGAUAAUUGAUCCUACAAAACAUGGAUAUGAGAAUUGGAAUGCUCUCACCCAAUACUAUUACACUAGUGAUGGAAGAACAGGACAAUGGACUCAUGAAUGGGCACAACCACCACCAUCUGCUGCUAAACAACUACGUAUAUUUCUUGUAAGUGGUGACAAAGACCUUAUAAAGGAAGUACAAGGAGUACUACGAGAAUUAAUAAGAGAUGAACAACUUAUUCCAGGGGAUAUCUAUCCUGAUGAAGAGAAUUACAAUUUGAUGCCACAAGUCCCACCACUUAAAAAAGAAGAAGCAACAGAACUCAAAGAAGAAGUAGCAAGUGCAUUAGCAACAGUUUAAAAAUUUAGAUCUACAUAUGAUUAAUAGUCUACACUGUAGUUAUUGUAGUUAAUGUAUAUGUACAUGUAAUGCUAAAGCUGACAGUAGUAGUUUGUACUAUCAUUAUUAUUGCUUUGUUUGGCAUUAAAAACUAGUACAAGUAGCAUUUGAUAUACUGACAAA